CUCUUAGGCACUGUUUUAAGUGCUCUGUUUGUAUUUUUUCAUUGAACGCUCACAGCAAAUCUGUGAUGGAGGUACUGUUAUUAACCCCACCUAACAGAUGGAGAAAUUGAGGCACAAUGAGAUUAAUUUGUAUAAUGUCACAAAGCCAGCAGGUGGUAUAUUGCCCCUUUAUGAACCAUCAACCCACCUUUGAAAAAUGUUGACAAUUGAAGUAAGAUUUUGGCAACAGUGUGAUCAUAAACGGUCCGAUGCAAUAGCCAAAACAGAGCAGUACAGAUGGAUGUUAUGCUCAUACAUGUUACUUCUCACAGUAGGAAAACAGGUUUUAAAAAUUCUUGCAGAUAAUUCAUCGUGUCCUAAGGUUAUAAACACGUGAAAAACGUUUGAUUUGGAAGUCCCAAGGAAGAGUUGACAACAGGCGUCAAAACAUUUAGAAUAGGCUUUUAUUGUCAAAGACUCAGUUCACUCAAAUCUUUAUAUAAAUGAUGGCAUUUAUUGAACUACUGACUCCUCUUGAAGUAAGUUUGAAUUACAGAAGGAAUUUACAAAGUAGUAGUACUUUUUUCUGCAGUAAAAGGUUAAGGAUGUGGCUUACCAAAAGGAGGCCAUAGAGCGUCCAUCACCUAUGGCUAAGUGUUCUUAGAGAUGACAAAGAGGAGAUGGGUUGUUUAGAAUAUAUAAUGUAAACGUACGAAAAAAGCAUAUGCAUAUGAAGAAAGCUAAAAAUAGAAAAUGAGAGAUCAGAGGGUGCAGUGAGUAACCCAGGUAAAUAUAGUUACAUCCGCUAAAUAUUAAAAUGAGCUGUGAACUUCCUGGCAACUAUGGCAAAAAGGUAAACACAGUGACUUUCUAGACUUUUCAAUGUCUACUGAAGAGAGGAACACCAGGUCCUAGUUUUGAAACCUAAAUUUACAUUAAAGAAGUUCUGUUAGUGACUUUGGAUAAUAAGCUCUUACCUUUCCCUUAGGUCUCUAUUCAGUUAAAUAGAAAUGCAUCACAUAUCUUCCACAUACAUGUGAUAUAGUCCCCAGACCCCUCCUCCAGGAAUGAAACACCCAGCCCCUCCCCCAGCUGCCUGGAGCAACGAUUGGUGACAGCUGCCAGUUGAAUUCCUUCGCCCAAGGGAGCUGUCUCCCCCAAGGUAAGGCUCCCUCUCCAGGGAAGCCUGAAUCCAGUGACUGGUCCGUGCUGAAAUCCAAAGGAACAGUUUCCUUGCCCCAGUUCAGGACAAAUCUGAAGGUUCAUCCAGUUUCCACACCUCACUUUGGGUUAGCUGAGGCCUUUGCUGCAACUGUGUCUUCGUCAACGUCUUCGUCCGCCCAACCCCGUUCCGGUCAGUCUCUCACAGGUAUUCGUUCUCAAGAGCCCUCCCCAGUAAGCCUGCUGCACAGACUCCUCAGUCUGUUUCCUGGGACUCUCUCUUUUAGCAUUAAAGUAAAAAUUAGGAAUAAUAAAUAUAAACUGCCUAAGUCUCAGCACACAGUAAGUAGGCACUGAGAAAAUGGUAGUUAUGGUUUUUACCUUCAUUGCACAGGACAUUGAGCCACAUAUGGAAAAUGUUUGAUUUUUGUAGACAGUACAUUUUUCAUAUGGCUAUUGCUUUUAGCAGUCCUUGUAAAGGUAAGAGUAAAAUAUAAAAAUGUUACCAAAUGAGCUAUAAAAAGUAUUAUGAUUGCCUGAAUUUCUUUCUAACAACUUUCUAAAUAUGUUCAGGUUGCCUACAGACAGAUGUAUACACUUAAAACAUGCUUAUUUUCAGGUUUUUCAUAGAGUAUUUGUCAGCAUAUGAAUAUUUGUUCUUUUCAUGCAUUUAUGAUCUGUAGUUUACAGCAUGUAAAUGCAAAAACAAAAAAACAAAAAACAAAAAACCACUUUUUGAAGUAGAGUUGACCCUGAACAACAUAGGUGUUAGGGACACUGAUGCCCUGUUCAGUCAAAAAUCUGGAUAUAAUUUCUGACUCCCCAGAAACUUAGCUACUAAUAGCCUGCUGUUGAUUAGAAGACUUACUGACAACAUGAGCAGUGGAUUAACGUAUUUUGUAUGUUACAUCUAUUUUAUACUGUAUUCUUACAAGAGAAUACACCAGAGGAAAGAAAUUGUUAUUAAGAUGAUCGUAAGGAGGAGAAAAUACAUUUGCAGUAAUAUAUUUAUUGAAAAAAACCUUGUAGUUCAAAUCCAUGCUGUUCAAGGGUCAACUUUAAGUCAACAUUUACCUUUUUAAAGAACACCUGACUGAGUCUUGACCCAGAUUCAGGCAAGACUAAUAUUUGUACCCAGAUACCUUGAUGGAGGAUUUCUAAUAACCUUACUUCUUAGAUGAUUUUAUCUAGAUGUCACAGCCAAAUACGUAAAAAUUACUAAUGGAAGGAAUUUGUAUUAUAGAUUAUCUUUUCAUUAUAGAUGGUAGUUUUUAGUAAAAAAAAAAAAAAAAAAGACUACAAAACUUUCAUGAAAGGAAUAAAGUGACCUGUUUUGGAGGGGGUGGGGUAACUGCUCUGCACCAUUUCCCUUUUAAACACAGGUCUUAUCACCAGUAGAAAGUGCCUUUGUGUUUGGGAAGCAAUGUGAUGUAAUGGUAAAGCUGUGUGAGAUGUUAUUGUAAUGUGUAUGCAUGCAUGUGUAGUUCUUAAAUUUUAGACAUGGUUGAUUAUGGACCAGUUAGUGUGCAAUUCAGGGUGUUUGUGUGGGAGGCCUUUAAAGGUGAAUGAUUCUCCCCUGCUGUCCUAGAAAUACUGUAGAUAAUACUCAAAUAUGGUUUUUUUCCUCACAUAUUAGUAAAAGUUAACAUUUUAAAUAAAUAUCAUCUGAAUACCACUUUGGAUGGUGCCUGGGGUGUGAAGUAAACAGAAAAUCUAACAGAAAUGCUACUAUAGCAACUUCAGAGGUGAUGUAGGAGGUCAGAUGAAAACAACCUACCUAAUCCAGGAUAAUUCUUUACCAGACAACUGGUUCCCACCCCCCCCCCCCGCCCCAUCUAGAUGGGAAGGAGGUUGUAGGCAAAUAGUGGUAUCUGACUGUCUUUGAUGACUGUAAUGUAUCUGUUGCUGCUUAUGUCUGAAAUAGUUAAGUAGUUCACUAAAGCCCUAAUGUUUUUACCUGUCUUCAUGCCUGGAAGGAUUCUUGUAUCCCAAAGAAGUCCUUAAACAGGACUACGCUUACUAGGUAUGGCUUUUAUGAUAUUACUGCCAAUAGGAGAUAUGAUUUACCUACAGCAUAGGGUUAAAAACUUUAUGGUCAUAUGAAUAUAGUUCCUUGAGCAAUGGAAGGUGUUUGUUUUUGACAAUUAGUAUUGUCCUCCUGGAGGGUUUUUUUUUCCGUUCAUAAUCUGAAUGGACAAGACCCUCACCAGCUAGCAUAGAGGGACCUAGAAAACUUGGAGGAGUUGAUCCUCACUGAGAAUCAAAAUUUCCUGAAUUAUUUGUUCCACACAAGAAUCUCUCCCCGAUGAAGACAGUACUGACCAGUUGUAGACAAAAAAGUGAGUCGUUCAUAGCCAGAUUCCGAAUGCAGUGCAAGUCGAUAGAAUUCAAUCCUGGACAGUUCCCCACAGAGACUGGGGCUCCAGAGAGGUAAGAUCUUUUGGUUUCUGGUGGUCGUUCUGUUUGACCCUAUCAGAAUCUAGGAAACAAUUGAGUCUUUUUCCUUUUCUAUCUUUGACAGAACUCUGUAUCCUUGAAUAUAUUACUUAUUCAAUGUGUAAGGCAUAAGAAAUAAUACAAUUUGGACAGAGCAACAGAGGUCUGUGUGGCAGGAGACCCCUCUCCCACCACCGAGAAAAAUUUUAAAAACAAGAAUGGUAGAUCUUUUUAAAAUAACCUGGCCCUCUGCAGUUAUUCCCUUUGUCACAAAGGGAAUUUGCUUUGCUAAUUUGAGCUGUAUCUAUGCUUCAUACCAUUUUCUGCUCCUGCUUUUUUCAAGUAGGAGCCUUACGUACCUUAGAUUUAUUGAUUCUAUAAAUAUAAUCUACCAUGUGGUUAAACAGUGAGUUUCCUGAUUUUCUUUGGUAAGAAAAAAAAUUUGUCUUCUUGCUAAUGAUUUGCAAUAUUAAAAUUACCUUAAUUCAUUUACUUAAUAAAUGUAUAUUGAGCCCUUACGUGAUAGGCACUCUUCUGGGCUCAGAGAAACCGAGAACUAGGCAGACAUACCUAGUUCCUACCUCAUAGAGUUGAUGAUCUAAGAAUAGAUCAUCAAGAAUAUUCUACUAAGAAUAGUUCUCUUAGGAAGCAUUCACAUUAUAUGAGUGGCAUUUGGUAAUUUGUUUGUUUGUUUGUUUGUUUUCCAAAUCCCCUUUGAAGAAAUACUUGUCUUGGGGCCUUGGCUCCUCAUUUGUUAAGUGAGGACUCCGUGAUCUCUGAGGUUCUUUUCCAUUCAAAACAUCCAUAAUAUUUUAGAAGUUUGGAACUUGGUUUGCUAUUAGAGCCUUGGGCAGCUCCACCCACCCCCUGUCAAUCAGUAGAUUAUAUAAAAGAGAUAUUUGGCAAGGCUAGUGUCAUAGAUAGGCAUUAUAUCAGGUGCUGCAGGAAAGUCAAAUGAGUUAAGGACAAAGUUUGAGGGUCAUUCUUCUCAGUAAUUAAGAAAUUGCUGACCAUGAUAUGAAUGGUUUCGGCAGAAUAAUAGAUCAGACUGAGUCCCAUUGGGUUAAGGAUUGAAUUAGUGUAGACAUUGCCUAGUCCUUUCAGACCCUUUGGUCUUUAGGCAGUAUUAAAAUGGGAAGAUGCAAAAGCUUAGCCAUCGGGACUACUAAGGAAAGUAGUCAAGACUUCCUUUCCUAUGCUUGUUCCAAGAUACGUGAAUUUCCUUUAGGUAAUUUAUGUAGCAUCUGUAUUGAUACAUGUAUCAGAUAAUGAAUGGUCAAGUAUUAUGUGAUUCAAUUGGGACAGUUAAAAAGCAUAAUUUAUGAAUCAUUUAAUAUUGCUUAGUUUCCACUUCAGAAAAAGAUUUCUUCCCUAGCAGGUGGAAAAAAGAAAAAAAAAAAAACUCCUAUAUUUUUGUGAAGAGUAAAUUGACAUCCCUGUGUGUUCUUACUGCUAGGAAUUGUUUCUCUCAAAAAGCAUGGGAAUUUGACUAAUUGGCCUCUUAAAGAAGAUAUUAAUGCUGCUUUAUCUAAAUGAGCAGAAUAUGGAGCAAACUGGAUAAAUUUUACUUAAACUGGUUGUCCCAAUCUUUAUAAUCUCUUGUCAAACUUAAUACACAAAUUAAGUCUACCUUAUUUUAGGGCUUCUGACUAAUACCUGUUAUAUUCUUUUAUGGAAGAAACAACCACAUGGUAUAGAGCAGUUUUUAACCCGAGGUUCUGGUAUGGGCUCUUCAGAGUCCGUGUUCUUGAAAUUGUAUGGAACAGUUUUGUAUGUGUGUUUUUUUCUGGGGAUGGAUCCAUGACCCAAAAAAGAAAAGAACUUCUAUUCUGGAGAGGAAAAGGAAAAGGAAUAUUUAAGAAUAAAAAGCUUUCUCACUUGCCAAACCUCCCCUGUAGCGCUAAGAACUGGGGGAGUGUGAUGCAAGGGCUAUAUUUUUGGUUUGAGUUUUGUUUUGUUAGGGUUUAGGGUUGGCUGGUUUUAAAGGAUUAAGUGAUUGGCAAAUCAGUUUGCCAGAUUUUGAUGUAUAGAAAACAGGUAGUAAAUAGGUAGUAAAACUUCUGCUGGCCCCAGAUAGAUUUUGCCUUACGUGACUUCCUAAUCAUUAGUUCUAGCUCGGUGUAAUUUACAUCUCUAUGUAGGAAUUUAUGCUGUAUUCAUAAUACCCCUCUUACUGUGUGCAGAAAUGUGUUUAUUUAUUUAUUCUCCUACUUGGAGUUUUAUUUUCUACCUUUUGUGCUCACAGUAAGAAACUAAAACUAAUUAAAGACAUAUUGAGUCUCUCCAAAAGAUAUUGAAAUAAAUUCAAUGGGUUUGUUGUUGUUGUUGUUGCCUCAUUAAGAGCAACUAGUUGUAACAGUUACAAUAAAGCGGUAACUUUAAAGGAAGAAGAUUAAUGUAUUUCACAAAGACUUUUGCUUUAAAAAUCCACAUCUGCUAAGGCUGAGGUAUUGUUUUUAAUUCUUUUAUAAACAGCUAGUCAUUGGAGAUUUGCCCCCAGUGUAAUUUCCUCUAUCUCUUGUGAAAUAUGAUAUGUGAUUCUUAAGACUCUGUAUAUUCUUUAUGGAAUCAUUUGGGUUAAAAAAAAAAGCUAAAAUUUAUCAUAUUUAGUUUGCAGAGGGUUAAGAUCAUCUAUGUAAUCCAUUUCUAGUGUGGCCAGUUUGACAACUACAUUUGAAAAUCUGUUUCACGGCUUGUUUUUUCUUAUAACAUUGUUUCCUGCUGUUAUAACUAAGCUAUCCUGCCCUGCGGUUUGACUUUUUCAUCUGACAUCUUAGGCUGAUCAUGCCAGUGUUUUCUGGACAACACAUUUAUGUAGCUAUUAUGCUACACAUUUCCAUUCCUCCUUAUUAUAGACCCUGUUCCACCUGUAGUCAGUUCUGUUAGAACAGUGGUUUUGUCACGGUGAUUAUGUUUCGAUUGGAUGAAAUGGGGCAAAUUUUGAGAAAACGAGCCAGUAGCAGAAUUGGUUGGCAUAUGCCCAUAUGAUUUAUUUAGUUGGCUUCCUGCUUUGCCAUACCAGGGAAAAAUUCAAUUCCUCCCACUUCCUGAAAGUCAAAGGAGGGAUUGAAGGACACUGAAGCGAAAGAAACCUUAUUUUUACCCCCAAAGUAGCUUAUAUAAUGUCAGGAAGGGCUUUGACGAAACCACUGGCCCUACUUAUAGAUCUUAUUUUCCAAGCCUUUCAUUAUUUUAUUUGCCCUUUUCUGAACUCUACAAUUUCCCUCUCUUGUAGCUGGUUCGAUGCCCAGAACUGAAUGCUGUGCUCCAGCUGUGGCCUCACCGGUGCUGAAUAGAGAGGAAGAGCCACCUUCAUAGCUUACAUGAGCUGGAGUCAGAUGGCAGCACUAUGGAGGAGUAUUCACAGGAGGACUGGGGAAACCACAGUCAGGAUCUCCAUGGCUAUCCAACAGAUCAGGAAUUGGAUGAAAUACCUGUCACAAAGAGAACAUUAAAAAUAAAACAAGAGUCUUCUGAAGAAGCACAGAAGAGAGACAUCAUGCAAAAUAUUGUACAGAUUUUGGAAUCAGUACAAUUGAAAUGGGAACUGUUUCAGAGCUGGACAGACUUUUCAAGGCUUCAUCUUUCUAAUAAACUGGCCAUUUUUGGAAUUGGUUAUAACACCCGUUGGAAAGAGGAUAUCCGUUACCAUUAUGCUGAGAUCAGCUCCCAGGUGCCCCUGGGCAAGCGACUCCGGGAGUACUUCAACUCCGAGAAGCCCGAGGGACGGAUCAUUAUGACCCGCGUGCAGAAAAUGAACUGGAAAAAUGUUUACUACAAAUUUUUAGAGAUCACCAUUAGUGAAGCUCGGUGCCUGGAGCUGCACAUGGAAAUUGACUGGAUACCCAUCGCCCAUUCCAAACCAACUGGUGGGAACGUUGUUCAAUAUUUAUUACCAGGAGGCAUUCCCAAAAGUCCAGGCCUUUAUGCCAUUGGUUAUGAAGAAUGUAUUGAGAGGCCCCCCUCACCCCACAUGGAGCGACGUUCCCUAGACCCAGGAAAGGAGGGCCGGGUUGACUUGGAGUCCCUGUCAGCACCAGCCUCAUUACAGGUGGAAAUCGAACCCACCCGAAUAAUCUAUUGCUACCUCGGGAUUGCUGAGGUCAGGACUCUCCAGCAAUGCUUAUUUUUACAUUUCCAAGCAAAUACCAAAACCUUCAGCAAAGAUUGGGUUGGUAUUAAUGGGUUUUUGUCUCAGAACUGUAUUGUGGAUCCUGGAGUUUCCCCCAAAUCCAUCUAUAUCAAAUUUGUCGAAGUAGAGAGGGAUUUUCUUUCCGCUGGCUCUUUAGUUGAGUGCCUGGAAAAAGCCAUUGGAUACCCCUUAAAAUUUAACAACUGAAUGUCAUCCUUCAUAAGGAUUUGGGCUCUUACCUCCCUCUUCUCUACUCACUUUCCAUUACUCAGACUGCCCCUCAUCCAGAUGCUGCCAUCAGACUCUUCAUGGGAAUUCUUUCCACAAUUGGGCCAGUACAACUUCUACGGAAUCAUACUAGACUUUGGGCAGAAAAAACAGACCUCACCUGAAAAUGCUCAUUUUGAGCAAGCAAGAUACACAGCGAACUUGCAUGGUGGGUCAACUGUUUCUUUUUUAAAAACAAAAAACAAUUUUUAAAUGGAUUUUAGAGCCCUAAUAUAAACAAAUGUAGGUACAUUCCAUAUUGGACAAAACUUAUACUUUGAGUUUCAUAUGAAAUUGAAAAAUUGUAUUUUUUUCACAAUGUUUCAUUUUUACACAUCUCUAUGUCUCUAUAUAAGUGUUAUUUACAACCCUGAAUAAAUAAGCAAUAGAUAAUGGCAAGUUAAAUCUUGAGUCACCGUAAAUAAGACUGUUUUUCAAUAUCACCCUUAGCUAUAUUGUAUAUAAUUUAGAGUUUCAUUUUUUUCACCAACCAAGUGUUUUGCUAUUCCCGAUCAGUGUUGCCUGCAAAGACCUUUGUUUCUGUGAUGUACCAACUUUAUGGUUGUGUUACCAUUUAAACUUUUUAACAAAGAAAUUAUUAAAGUAAUUCUUGACCUCUUGGA